GUGACUGUUGGUAGUGCAGACUGUAGUUAAGAGUUUUGCACAUGUGACUCCAGUUGUGCCCACUGUAGUUUAGCAAUCGAAAAAAAACGGUAAGACGUGUUACGGUAUACUCCAUUUGAGAUCGCCUAUCCCGAUGGUGAAGUCUAUUUUACAGCGUCCCCUCAAAGGAUUCGAGAUGUCGGGGUGGUUCUUUAUUCUGCUCAUCGCUGCACUCAGUGACAUUGAUGCCUUCGAAGUACAGGCGCCCCAGCCCAGAGUGGUAGCCGUCUAUAACCAACCGGCUGUUUUGGGCUGUGUGUUCCCCCCUAGCCUUGACCUUGGUUCCCCCCUGGAAGAGGGUCUCGUGGUGACAUGGCAGAGGGUAGAAGAUUUGCGGGUGGUCCACAGUUUCUACUACGGAACAGACCAACUGGCGCGCCAGAGCGGAGAGUAUCACAACCGCACUGGACUGUUCCAUUCCCAGCUCUCUGGGGGAAACGCAUCCCUCAGGUUGGAGAGUGUAGGUCCAGGGGAUCAGGGAAGAUAUCUCUGUUCGGUUAAUAACAUGAAGGGGACAGGAAAGGCUGAGGUCCAGCUCAAAUACGCAGCAUUCUACACAGAGCCUCACCUCACAGUCCAGGCCCAGCACUCUUACACGACCUUCCUCUAUGAGACUGAAGGUUACCCAGAACCAGAGGUCCGCUGGUUGGACCCGCAUGGCCAUAACCUCACGCAUAACAUCUCAGUGACCCAGUCGUCCAAGGCCCCGGGCCUGCUCCUCUCCCUCCGUACCCAGCUGGUGAUGCAGGCUGGUGGGGCAGUCAACUACACCUUCUACCUGAGGAACCAGCUCCUGGAGCAGGUCAUGGAGAGGUCACUGAGUUAUGAGUCAAGCAGUAGAAACUAUGACGACUGUCCCAGAGACAGAUCCACACUGCUGAUGUUGUUCAUCCCUGCUGGAGGCUUGGUUAUUUUCCUCAUAUUCCUUUACUUUCGACGCAAACGGAAAGCCACAUCUAAAUCACAAAAUAUGACAGAAAUAACUGGGCGUAAACGAAAUUGUGACAAGAACACUAGUCCUCUAGAGGCAAGGACAUCCAACUGCGAAUCGGACGUCUCACCUCCAAGCCCAGUACAUGAAGUUUAAGAGACUCCUUGUUCAUUCUCUGCCAAGUCCAACGUGUGUUUCUGGUCUAGUAGCAUCAUGGUAACAUCCUUCCUGGAGCUGAGAAUGCUGGAAAUCCAGUUGUCAGUCUGACAGUAACAACGAAUCACAGUUUCAUUAGGUGGUGGUAACAUUAAAUGACUAUUUUUCUCUCCAUUGCCCAACAUGGGUCAGAUUACUGGAAAGAGAACCAGACACAAAGCUUCUAUUGAGAGACCUGAGGGGAAACAGUCUGACAGAUUUGGUGGGAGGGGCCUCAAACACAAUCCAGAACAGUGUUUAUGGGAAAUGAGUGGGAAAUGCCAUUUGUGCAUUGAAAGUAUUCAGAACCCUUGACUUUUUCGACAUUUUGUUACAUUACAGCCUUAUUGUCCUCAUCAAUCUACACACAAUAUCCCAUAAUGACAAAGUAAAAACAGGUUUUAAUAAAUUUUGGCAAAUGUAUUAAAAUUAAAAAAUUUAAAAACAGAUAGCUUAUUAACGUAAGUCUUCAGACCCUUUGCUAUGAGACUCUAAAUUGAGUUAAGGUGCAUCCUGUUUCCAUUGAUCAUCCUUGAGACAUCCGUGAAGACUCGAGGCUGUAGUCACUGCCACAGUUGCU